AUGACUCAACAUAACGUUCGGAUUCUUGAUCUUCCUGAUGAAAUAUUACUUCUCGUUUUGACGAAGCUCGACAAUAUUGAUGUUCUUUACUCUUUACUCGGUAUUAACAAUCGUCGACUUGAUGUUAUAGUUCAAGAAAAAAUCUUCACUGAUGUUCUUAGUUUUGUUUCCAUAUCAAACUUAACUGAAGAAAUUUCUCCAAUUUCAGCCUUAGCAUUAAAUCGAUUUCGUAAUGGCAUAUUACCAAGAAUCCAUAAAAAUGUCAAAUCGUUCAUUGUUGAGUCUGAUUCUUUCGAGUGCAUUCUUGGUGCUGCUACUUAUCCCAACCUCACUCAACUUAAAAUUUUCAAUCUCAACAAAGCAUUCAUUUCACGUUAUUUCAUGGACGAUUCUCCUCUUCAACAUAUUGGUAAACAACAGAUUACGGACCUUAUUCUAAUCAGUAAUGAAAGCAAUAAUGAAAUAGAAAAAAUUGAGUAUACCAAGAAUGUUUAUGCAACUGUUUUUAAUUUCUUUAAAAAUCUAAAGCAUUUGAGUAUUGUGCAAUCAUCUAUCCAUGAUUAUCCACCUUUACUGUUACAUAAUUUAUCACCAAUGACUUUUUCUUCUUCGACACUUACUAAAUUAUGUAUCAAUAUAAAUGAUUUUGAUGAUUGUCUUGCUUUGCUGGAUGGUCGUCUCAAAGACUUAACUAUACUUACUGUUCAAAUUAGUUCUAUCCAUGACUUCGCAUCAACAUCUCACAAUAUGGUAAGUUAA